AUGACAUACAGUUUAAUCUGUCACUCGGAUCCUUCGGGACACCACCGAUGUUCCCUCUUGAAAUUCGAGAAUGUCACGAUAAUGAUGGACCCUGCUUGGGACGGUAACUCAGGAGACCACGAGGCAGCAAUGGAUUUUUGGGCCCAGUUGAUAAGUCAAACAGAUAUCGUGCUACUGAGUCAGCCGACUGCUGAAUCCCUAGGCGCAUACGCCCUACUGUAUGCUAAGUUUUUAGCACAUUUUCAUUCUCGUAUUGCAGUGUACGCUACGUUGCCCGUGGCCAACCUGGGCAGAGUCACUACACUCGAUUUAUACACAUCCCAAGGGCUUGUGGGACCGGUAGAAUCCAAUCUUUUGGACUUGCCCGAUAUCGAAGAGGCUUUUGACCAUAUCAUUUCAAUUAAACACUCCCAGAUACUGGAUCUCAAAUCCAAAUUUGAAGGACUCACGGUUGUAGCUUACAACUCAGGCUACGCACCUGGUGGAUCAAUUUUCAGCAUAACAACAUUUUCAGACAAAGUCAUUUACGCACCGCGAUGGAACCAUACCAAAGAUACAAUUUUAAACAGCGCAGCUGUACUUGACAUUUCGGGAAAGCCCUCGACAUCGUUGAUGAGGCCCUCCGCGAUAGUCACGUCCACCUCCCAAUUGGGCUCUUCAUUACCAUAUCGAAAGCGGGCAUCGCAGUUCAAGGAUGUCUUGAGAGGAGUUCUUUCCAAAAACGGUACGGCCGUUAUUCCUUGCCAGAUUGGUGGAAAGUUCUUGGACUUACUUGUGCUUGUGAAUGACAUGAUUUAUGAACAAAGACGUUAUAGAAAUCAAUCUGAUCCGUCAAUUUUCUUGGUCUCCUAUUCUCGAGGCAGGUCUCUAACUUACGCUAGAAGUAUGUUGGAGUGGUUAUCAGCUUCUGUUAUCAAAACUUGGGAGGGCAGAAAUAAUAGGUCGCCCUUUGAUCUGGGCACGCGGUUCUCAAUAGUGACCCCCGAGGAGCUCAAAAAGUAUUCGGGACCCAAAGUUUGCUUUGUUUCCGAGGUGGAUAGACUAAUAAACGAUGUAAUUUCAGCACUUGGAACAUCGGAUAAAACAACUGUCGUACUUACUGAACCGUGUGGCGCUCCUGAAAGAACUAACAAAAUCUUGUCAAGUAUGCACGCGACCUGGGUUAAGACAACCAAGAAUCGGGACAAUAGGACUCUAGAUACCAGACCGAUCCUGUUUGCCCAGUCUGUCAAAGCCGAAUUCGUGACGACAGAGGAACUCCAAGGCGAGGAACUGGAGAAAUUCAAGAGUAAGCUCCAGGAGAGAAGCAAUUACCGCGCCGAGCUGAUGGAAAAGUUGAAAAAAGAGGCUAGGACAGAUGGUGCGUCCAACGCAGCUGGGGGACUCGAGGCAGUGGAUGAACAAGAAGAUGACGACGACGAUGAUGACGACGUUCCUGACUUCAUCACCGCUGUCAACAGGAAAGCAAAUGCUGCAGCGAAGCCACUCGAAAUUGCUGUUGAUGUUUACAUCAACCCCGAAGCACAGCCCCGACAUAAAAUGUUCCCAUUCCAACCGGUCAAGAUAAAGCGGGAUGAUUAUGGUGAUGUUGUAGAUUUCUCUCAGUUUGUUCCCAACGAACAACUAGAAGAAAGUGAUAAAAGGUCUGCAGCGGAUGCCUUCGCUGAAGACGAAGACCCUUACGAAAUAGAACUGACAUCGAAAAACUCCAAGAAAAGACGCGGGGGAAAUACUGUAAAGGGUAGCGGAAACAAAAAAGAGGAAAAUAUCGACGACGUGUCGUACCUGAAUGCACUCAAUAAACCUCAACGGAGAUCGGUGAGUGAAAAUAAUGUCUCCCUAAGAUGUUCGGUAUCAGUUGUGGAUCUUACCAGUUUGGUUGACCAGCGGUCAAUGUCGGUCAUUUGGCCUGCUCUAAAGCCUCGAAACAUGUUACUGGUGGCUCCAAAAGAUGCUCAAAAUGCGACAGCUAUCAAAACGUUGAAUUCCAAGCUUCUCGACGUUACGGAACUUGAUUUUAAUACACCUGCAACUUUCGAAACACUGAUCCGGUCCUUAGACGUCUCCGUAGACCCAGAACUUGAUCAGAGACUCAAGUGGCAGGGCGUUAGCGAUGAGUACACAAUUGCACACGUUGUGGGACGCCUGGUACGCGAUAAUACUUCGUUGCUCGACGGGAAGCAGCACCACCGCGAUAAAUGGGUACUCAAACCUUUAUCCAACGGUUCCAAAAUGUACCCCAAGGUGUCACUUGCCAUUGGGGAUGUGAGACUAGCCGAAGUGAAGCGUCGUAUGACUGAAAAGAAUCAUGUGGCGGAGUUCAAAGGUGAAGGUUCGCUCGUAAUAGACGGUAAAGUCGUUGUUCGGAAAAUCAGCGACAGUGAAACAGUAGUCGACGGCUCUCCCUCAGAACUAUUUUACAAAGUAAAGGCAGCUGUUGCAGAUAUGCUGGCCAAAGUAUGA